AUGCCUACCAUUAUCCCACGCCGCUAUCGGUCGGCUACCGCAAGCUCUCAUACGACAGCUGUUAAGCCUUCAGAGACCCUCACAAUCCGUCUCGAACAACUCGAAAAAGAUACCGCCAGACCCUCCGAGAACGGAUAUCCGGACCCGACCGAGCUUUCCCUGAGCCUCCACGCCCUUGCCGAAGACAUUGGGCUUUCCGUCACGCAAGACGACUUCCGCCAUGCCCGCGGAUUCGAACGGAUACUUAACGUUUUGCGAGCCUUUUCAGGCUACUACAAUCCCGAUAAGCGUUCAGCCUCAGAGACCCUGUCCUUGCUCAAGCUCCUCAAGGAGGCCCUCGCUAUCCUAUCAUCUGCUCUACGCGACCACUCCGGAAAUAGACGCUUCUUUAAAUACAAAGUGGAUGGCGGGGGAUGGGAGUCUUUGGAGCAAGUUAUUGCUAGCAUAGGCCUCGGAGGAACAGAGCCCGACUCCUGGGCUACAUGCCACCUGUUUGGCCUGCUCUUAUCAUUUUGUCUUGACGACGAGAGCAUAGAUCUUUUAUGCCAGUCCAUCGCCAAGACCCUUCGCCCGGAUAUCGACUACCCGACACAAGAUGCAAUUGUGGAGGAGGGGGAAGAGCAGUGGGACCUCUUGCUCUCACGGUCUGCCUACCAGGUCGGCCCUAGUGUCCGAGAGUUGGUUAAUGACAGGACCGUCGUCCGUCAUCCUGAAAUCCUUCGGGCUGUUGUGAGCUUCUGGUCUGCUCUCCCAAGAGAAGCUGGUGCAGAACCGACACCUGGGUCGUUGGUUCUUCUCGAAACAUUACUUGCGGCUGCUUCGAAAUCCACGCACAACCAAGUAGCUGUGCACUCGACCGGUGUGCUCUCACAAUUCAUCCGUGCUGUUUUCGAGCCCGACCAGGUGUUGACCCCUAUGGAACGCGAGAAGGCUCUCGAAGUCUGCAAGCUCCUUAUGGAGCUGGGGGUCAACCAGCCAUCUGACACCCAGUUCCUACUUACGGCUCCUGGUCAAGAGGCUUCAGAAUUCUGCCUGGACAUGACAUCAAGGCACUCUGGACCCCCAUUUUUCCAGUUUGACCUAUCACUCCAUGGCUACUGUUCGCUUGAACUGCCAAGCCUUGGUCGAACAUUUCCGCCACAGACUACGCCUGGUUAUACUUUUGCAGCUUGGAUUCGUGUGGAUAAUUAUGAUCCGUCUACGCAUACGACCCUAUUUGGGGUCUUUGAUGUCACGCAGACGUGCUUCCUACUCAUGUAUCUUGAGAAGGACACGCGGAAUUUCAUCCUACAAACAUCGGUGUCAUCCAAUCGACCGAGUGUGAGAUUCAAGGCCAUAGCCUUUGAGGAAAAGAAGUGGUACCAUGUUGCCAUUGUACAUCGUCGACCCAAGGCCCUGUCCUCCAGCAAGGCUGCUCUCUAUGUCAACGGCGAGUUUACAGAACAGAUCCGUUGCAACUACCCGCAGAUGCCGCCUCUUUCCACCGUGAACAAGGAGAGCUUUGCCUCGUUCAAUUCCACCAACAACAAGACAAAUCCUGUGCAGGCAUUUGUAGGGACGCCCCGUGACUUGUCCAACAAGAUUGGACCAGCCAAGAUCUUCUCUCGCUGGUCGCUGGCUUCCCUCCAUCUCUUCGAAGACGUUCUCAGCGAUGACUAUCUGGCAGUACAAUGUGGCCUUGGGCCGCGUUACCAAGGGAACUUCCAAGACAGCCUGGGAGGCUUUCAGACGUACGAUGCAUCGGCUGCUCUUGGCCUCCGCAACGAAUUCAUCCACUCAGGAGCAAACGACCAUUCGGAUAUCCUCAAAGCCGUUCGUGAUAAGGCAAGCACACUGCUUCCGGAGUCCAAGAUCCUCCUCAGUAUUCUCCCGACCGCCACAUUUCCAGAUGAUGUACACUUCCUAAAUACUGGCCUUCUCCGUUCACUGCCCCGGCCAGCGGCACGCAGCCUCUUCCGUACAUCCAAUCAGGAAGGGGCCCCGUUGGCUAUUAACGGCGCCGUAUCUUGCAUCUCAGACGCCCUUUUCAAGGCCCAAGGAAUUGCAUCGUUUCGGGGAGGUCCCGUAGCUACAGUUCCUUCCUACAUGGACGAGAAUUUGUGGCGAUUGGCUGGCUUUACGCCUUUGGCUCUGAAGCUCCUUGAAAGAGCCUCCACCGUGGAAGAGACUACACGAUCAUUGGAGAUGCUGAUUCGGUGUAUCUCUAACAGUUGGAGGAACAGCGAAGCUAUGGAAAGGGACAAUGGCUACGGAAUCAUGGGCAUGAUCUUACGAUUUAAACUUGGAUACGGUGGCUCGUCCAUCACUGACCCGCCAGUGGCCCGCCUGCAAAUACCCACAGACGAGAGGGACAGCCUUGCCUUCCAGACUCUCAGCCUCAUUCUGGGAUUUGUAGGGUACAGUCAUGAGUCGCCUAUUGAAUCAUUCAUUGUCAACCCCUUGGCCUACCGUAUCUUGUUGAUUGAUCUAGAUAUUUGGCGCAAGUCGGCCCCCCGGAUACAGGAGCUCUAUUAUAAGCAAUUCGUCACAUUUGCCGUCUCCAGCAAAUUCCACGAGUUCAACCGUAGGAGGUUGAUCCGGAUGCGGAUCGUGAAGAGGCUUUUGGAUGCUGUCAAGGGAGAGGCCAUCGCUGAGGAGACCAUGCCACACUUUCUGGGUGCCUUUGACGUCCUGGUCAAGUCUAAUUUGAGCCAAGAAGUUAUGAGGUCUCUGGCGCUGUUUAUCACUCAUGCAUUUCACUCCCCCCCCACGUCCCUUUCACGCACACCGAAGCCCUCGUCCAGCAGUUCACGUCCAAGUACUGCGACCACUCUCCGAGGAGCAAACACGGACCUCGUUUUGGCAUCAAAUGGACCCAGCAAUUUCAAGUAUCUCCCCAAGAAAACUCUGGGGACGAAGAUACUAGUUAUGUACUCUGACAUUCUAUGUGAAAAGGGCAACCUGAGCCACAUAAAGAAGUUUGCCAGGACGGUCACAAAUAAGUGGCUUCUAUACCUCUUGGCCGAGGACGACAUCGAGAUUGUUGUGCACGGUUGCAAGAUCCUCGCCCGGUUGCUUGUUGCGCACGGCAGCACCUACACCGCCAAGUUUGCAAAUAAAUCGGGCGGAUUCAUCAUCAUGGCUAAUCGGCUAAGGAAGUUUUGGGAUGUGCCCACCUUGUGGCCGAUCUGCUUGAGUAUCCUUUUCGGAUAUGAUGUUUCAGAGUUCGACUUCGGCCGCAAUUUUGAUCUUUCCAGCCUGGUCAAUACCUUUGGUGAACGCAAGGUUGUUUAUCCAGAUUCCUUGCAAAUAGUCACGUCUAUGUUUCAGCAUGGAUUCAAAGAAGUCAUGCGAUAUCAGGAGGAUGCCGACUCACCAGCAAAACGAACAUUCCCAAAAGAGGACUCAUUGAAUCCCGCAUUAUUGCACACAGGUGGCCGCCCCCGAGCUAGGUCUAUGGAUCUCGCCGAGACCAUUGAGAAUCGCUCAUCUUUCUCGGGGCCAAAAGAGAGAGUCCUUGAUAACACCUCCAAUCUGCAUACUAUGAUCAAGUUCUUCAUGGACCUUCACUCCAGAUCUGCAGACUUCAGAGAUUUCGCAUUAUCAUCCGAUUGGAUUCGCCUGCUGCUAGUGGCUAUCUAUCCAGCCGUGGUUAGUGUAGACGCGGUGACCCCGGAUGUUGAGCUUAACUCGGGUAGCUCUCCCUUGACCUUUGGAGGAAGCGAUGUGAUCAUUCGUUCUAUGGGAGGCGGGAGUGCCCCAACCCCCAUUGUGCGAGCAAGCGUUGUCAACGCCGCGGCUUCCCCCCAAUCCACGCCCCCCAAAGGAACGCCCCUACGUCGGGCAUCGUCGUUUGUCCUUUUGACCGCUCAGCAGCAAACGCACAGUUCGAACUCGGACUUCUCUUCUGUACGGCCCAGCCCGCCUACGGCACCUAUAGAUCUGUCGGCCAACAAGUCCAACGCUCUUUUUGAAGGUUUCAUGAAGCUCAUCGCCAAGGUCUUUAUGGAUCAACUAUUUGUACGCAAAGAAUUCCCUGGAUUCAGUCUAUUUCUCAAAGUACCGCCUGGAUUUCAGGAGCACCAUGCAUAUUUUGAGUCCUUUAUUCUUCGCAGGAUAAUGGCUCAAGUAUCUGAGUACAUCAAGCAAUCUGACAAGGCUGUAUGCGAGCCCCGAAUACUCACAAAUCUCGCAAGGCUGUCUCUGCAUCUUACAGAAGCAGUAUUCGAGGGCUGGUUUUUGAAUGGGGACGAAGACGUCAUGGAAUUCAACGGAAUGCUACUUGAAUUCUUGGAUCGUCCUGAUAUCGAGCGUCUCAAGAGUGUCAGGUUGUGCAGUCAAGCAGUGUCCACAAUACGCAGUUGUUUCAUCCGAAUCAUACUUCUCAAGUUGUCAGACUUGGAUGGUGCACAGACGUCAGAGGUCGAGGCUAAGAAGUUCAUGGACAAUCUCGCUUACUGGCAAAUGUCCAUACUGACCUGCUUCAAUUCCGAAGAUGACUACUUGAAGCUGUUCUGGUACCAGCUCUACGUCAAGCUUGUCGACAAUAAGCCGUCUGUACGAUCUGCAGCUGUCAAUUUUAUGCGCGUCAUCCUCGUCCAGAAGCCGGCCGAAGGCCUCUCUUUGGUCCGCUCAGUCGUUUCACCAGACCAGAGGAGUCUCAUCAGAGACUUUGAGAAAUUGACGGAGAUGGACGACGAUACAUUCGUUGAUUGGGUUGAUAAACACCGGCCUGCUCUCGACACGCUGUUCUUAGGCGGCAUGACAAAGACAUGGGAAGAAUUUGUUGAAACUGAAAACCACAAGACAUUGGGAUCAGCUAAGUCGCAAUUGCCCAAGCGGAAAGAGAUCCUAAAAAUGUGGCUUUCGGAAAGCGAAACAGCGGAAAAAACCCUUGUCAACCAUGAAAUUGGUAACAGCGCGUGGAUGAAGAGCAUCUACACCUCGGAACAUUUCAAAUACCAGCGUCUUGUUCAAGACCAGCAAGACGACUUAGCUUUCCUCAUUCCAGCUUGGAGAAAGAUGGAGAGGGAUCUUCGGAGACCUGGUGCCGUCUUUAGCGAGCCGACCCCUGCGAAAUGGAAGCUUGAUCGCACAGAGGGGCGUAACAGGAUGAGGCUUAGACUCCUGCCCGAUUACUCUCCGAAGGAGGGAAAUCGGCCAUCUCGGAGGGAGGGCAGCAGUAACGCACUGCAUCCAAGUGCGGCAGGUCGCUCUGCCCCAUCAAUGUCUCCUGCGGCACCGGCAUCCCCUAAGAAGGCAACACUUUCUGGGUCACCGGAGAAGUGUGACGAUGGCAGCUUGCAGAGCGCCGGCCAAAGUGACGGAGACCAGAAUGCGUCGGAGUUUAUCCCCGAAGACGAUUUUGAAAUGGUCGAUGAUCCGAAUGAACCCAAUGACGAGGAGAGUUUCGAAGACAAGAAUCGAAAGGUUAUGCGUCGGCUGGAGCACGGCGACCAAGUGCAGGCGGCUUACAAUGUGUCGCGCAUCACUGGCUUAGAGGCAUGCGAAGGAAUCCUUAUCGUAGGCAAGGACGCCCUCUACAUCAUGGACAAUGUAUUCCAGUGCGCCAAUGGGGACAUUGUCAAUGUGUGGCAAGCACCACCCGAGGAAAGGGACCCAUUCAUUCAGAUUGUCACUGGCGCCAAAACAAUGGAGAAACGGCAAAAUGCUGGUGGCCGAGAGCAAGAAUCGAGGCACUGGCGAUGGCAAGACGUAAUCAGCAUCUCCAAGCGUCGGUUCCUCUUCCGUGACGUUGCCAUCGAGGUAUUCUUCACGGAUGGACGGAGCUAUCUUCUGACCCAGAUAAAUUCCAACGCCAGAAAUGAGCUCUUCUCCAAGAUGAUGGCUAAGGCACCGCAUACUAGCACUGCCAGUGCACUGCCAAACCCUGAGGAUGCAUGGCGUCUGGAGGUGCUCAAGGUUGUGGACGAGGCACCACAAGGCAUUGGAUCUAAGCUUGGUACGCUGUUCAACAGUGCCCCUUGGACGCCAAUUAUGAAGCGCUGGCAGCGCGGUGAGGUGUCCAAUUUCCACUACCUCAUGAUGGUCAACACCUUGGCCGGCAGAACGUUCAACGACCUCACGCAAUACCCAGUCUUUCCCUGGAUCAUUGCCGAUUACACGAGUGAGGAUUUGGAUCUGGAUGACCCAGCAACAUUCCGCGAUCUGUCCAGACCCAUGGGUGCUCAGACCCAAGGCCGUGUGCCCGGCUACAUUGAGACGUACAGUGCACUGCAGGAUAUAGGCCAGGACCCGUUUCAUUACGGUACACAUUACUCGUCGGCUAUGAUUGUCUCGUCAUACCUCAUUCGACUGCCGCCAUUUGUACAUUCGUACCUACUGGUACAAGGCGACAAGUUCGACCACGCAGAUCGACUGUUCCAGUCUAUUCCUCAAGCGUGGGACUCGGCAUCUCGCAAGAACAGAGCUGAUGUCCGCGAACUGACGCCAGAGUUCUUUUGCCUGCCAGAAUUUCUGACCAAUAUCAAUGACUACGACUUUGGCGAACGGCAGAGCACGGGAAUCAAGGUGAACAAUGUCGAGCUUCCACUCUGGGCAAAGGGUGACCCCAAGAUCUUCAUCGCCAAGCACCGCGAGGCGCUCGAAAGCCCAUACGUUAGCGAGAACCUCCACCACUGGAUCGACUUGGUGUUUGGGUACAAGCAGCAAGGAGAAGCUGCUGUGGAAAGCCUCAACGUCUUUCAUCACCUGUCGUAUGCCGGGGCAAGCGACCUAGACGGCAUCAAAGACGCCAACGAGAGGGCCAUCAAGGCUGGUGUUAUCCACAACUUUGGACAGACGCCUCACCAGGUAUUCCCCAAGGCUCAUCCGGCGAGGGAGAGUGUGCGAUGUCCCGUCCGAAGGUUGGACACGUCGGUCUUUUCACUCCGUUGCCAGCCCAAUCCACUCGUUGGUGCGUUGCCCCCCUCCAUGCGUGGAGCUGUUAGUGGAGAGAAAGCUAACCACCUGUUUACAGAGAGUCGAGAGAGAGUGGCAUCGUUGCUUUACGCCCCCAAGAUUGAUCGUCUCCUUUGUGCAUCGCCACUUCGCCUCCACUUCCCUCCCUAUGACAAGUACAUGGAGUGGGGAUACGCCGACCACAGCAUCCGCUUCUUCUAUGGGGACAACCGCAAGCUCGCCGGUGUUUUCGAGAACCUCCACAUUGGACAGAUAUCCUGUGCCGUUUUUGCCGAUUCCAAAACUCUCAUCACGGCCGGCGAAGACUGCGUCAUCUCGGUUUUUAUGGUACAAACUUCACCUAAUAAGUCAGUCGAAGUGACACCCAAAGCGAGCCUGUUUGGGCACAAGACACCGGUGACGACGAUUGCCGUGAGCAAGGCAUUUAGCACCUUUGUGACCGUCUCUCUUGAUGGGCAGGCAUUGGUAUGGGACAUGAACCAGCUGGGUCUUAUUCGCAAGCUGCCUCUGGUCCGGCCUGUGGAGGACGCUAAGAUCAAUAAUGUCACGGGCGAGAUUCUCUUGUGCUCCGGUCCGAACAUCUUGUUGUACAGCCUCAACGGGUCACUGAUCUGCGAUGUCAACGUCUGCAAUGAUGCGGACGACUAUGUCCACUGCUGUGCUUUUUAUGAAGGCGCAGCUGAUGAGUGGCUCGAAGAUCAGCUCAUUUUUACCGGGCACCGCAAGGGCCGGGUCAAUGUUUGGAGGAAGGGCAUCCAGGGCAAUAAGUGGACAUUAGACUUCCUGAGGAGUCUUGACCAUGUCGACAAUAAAGAGAACAAGCCUGGUAACACGGAGGCGGGCAUUACGUGCAUCACUCCCAUGCCUACGUGUGUUUACACUGGCGAUGACAAUGGCCGUGUAUAUGAAUGGACCUUUUCUGGUCGCGACAGGUAG